AAAACAUGCCUCCCUCCUCCCCGACCAGGUCCAAAUGCAGAUUCUCAGGGACAAGAAUUUGAACUCGUGGUUUCCAGUGAUAGCAAGCUCUUUUCUUCUUCUGGGAGCAGUAGAACACGCUGGGGUUGUAGUUAGAUGUCAGUUUUGAGUACACGUUGCUGUCUUCCAGACUCCAUGUUGUGUUGAAUACUUGUACCCUGACAGAACCACAGGCCUGAAGAAAACCUCAGAUCUCUCUCUCUUUCCCUGUCUAUAUGAGGAUUGUAACUACUUAUUUUAAAUGAUUGCUGAGAAUAGAUAUAUAGAUCGCAACAUUUGCCUACUUAACACUUUUAGGAAAGCCAUUUAGGGACGCCAGUUACACUCGUCAUGCUCUGCAACCAUCACCACUAUCCACUGCCAAAUUUGCCAUCCUCAGAAAUAGCAACUCCAUGCUUACUAAACAUGGACUCCCUCCUCCUCCAACACCUUGAUCCCGGCUGCUUUUGCUGUUGGUGAGAUCUUGAUCAGUUCUUGGGAAUAAACACAACCUCUCUAUUGCUCUUCAGCAUAGAAACCAAAAAAAACCCACCUCUUGGUUUUGUCUUUUUUUGCUUGGUUCUUGACCCAUUUCACAGGAGGAAUAGUACAGCGACAAAGGCAAAAGCAGGGAGGUAGAACAGGGAUCAAAUAAAUGUGCCCAUCAUUUUGUGGACAGGGCCCCUGGGCUUUUACGGGAUUUUCUUCUUCCUCCUUGGUUGCCUGAGGGUGGCGCUCUCCUUUGCAGAAGGUCCCUCCCUUGCUAGCAUGCCUCCAAACUGGUGACAGUCUCUUGGGGAAUCUACAGAUUAGACGGGGCCUCCCUCGGAGGAGAGCCCCAUCUUUCAUGGUGGCGCGCCUGGUGGAAUCUGGCCUGGAUGCAAGCGCUGCCUGCAGGCUGUUUCUCCCCGCAGGGCUGAGACACAUGUCGGGACCCGAGCUGGCCGAGCUGCUGGAUCAGGUGGAGACGGCCAUCCGAGACUUCUCCGAGGAGCUGGUGCAACAGCUUGCCCACCGGGACGAGCUGGAAUUUGAGAAGGAAGUGAAGAACUCCUUCAUUACGGUGCUUAUUGAGGUUCAGAACAAGCAGAAGGAGCAGCGAGAACUAAUGAAAAAGAGGCGGAAAGAGAAGGGACUGAGCCUGCAGAACAGCCGAAUCGAGAAGGGAAGCCAGAUGCCCCUCAAGCGCUUCAGUAUGGAGGGCAUCUCUAACAUUCUGCAAAGCAGCAUCCGCCAGACCUUUGGCUCCUCAGGGACUGACAAACAGGUAUGA